UCCAACAUGGCGGUGCGAAUUAAAUAUUCUUUCGCUUUCUUUCAUGAAAACAGAAAAACUCGUUCUAAGUGGUGCAGAUGAGUCAGAUACUAGUAUGCGAUGUCGAAACAACUUUAUGGAACGUUUGUAGAUAGUUCAUUCGCGGAAAGAACAGAGCUGACAUCGGUGGGUGAAACACCUUCAAAUGGAUCGCCACUGGGAGUGGGUGAGAUAAAUGCCAGUGUUAUGCUGUCUCAUGACCCAAUUCUUCAGAGACAAGAUGCAGCAAUACAAAAUAGACUUCCUCUUCUCUUUCAUGUAUUUUUCCACUGGACAUCAAGCACUGGUGUGGCAUGUAUCUUAGUCUGUCUACAUUUGAGUAUCAUUGGAUUGUUUUCUUUAUCACUGACGUAUUAUUCCAGUUCUACUGAGUGGCAUGAUGUAGCACAAUACCUUUUCUCUUGUGGCACAUUUGGUUUUACAGGAGGCUGUGUCAAUUAUGCAGCAGUGUUUUUAUUUCUUAAGAAAGUUCCUGGUAUACUUGGAAGUGGGAUUGUUUGUCAUCGCCAUCAAGAUAUUUGUGAAAGUGUGAAGAGUUCAGUUAUCAACAUCUUUUUUGAGAAGACAUCUCUUGAAUUAUACAGUGCUCAAAAACUAAACCAGCAAAUAAUUCGUCUAAAUAUUGAAGGGCAGCUGCAGAGAAUUUUACAGUCAGAGACAGUUGAUCAGCUUAUUACCACAGAGCUUCAUUCUUUGUUGAUGUCCCCAGAAGGGCAGCUUUUAUGUGAAGCUGGUAUAAAUCCUUCAUUGCUCCGCCCACUAGUGAAGCCAUAUGUAGUAGAAUUGUUAACUGAAGUAGUUCCAGUUAUAAUGGAGAAAUGCUCUUCCUUUAUUCAGGAUGAAGGUUUGCAUAGACUGAGACAAGAGGUCCAGAGAUAUACAACAAGAAGAAAAAACAAAAUUUCUUCCCAAAGAGUAGAGCUUUUAAUAAGAGAUAUGAUGUACAGCCAUUUAAAUCUUCUUACUGUCUUAGGAUGUGCCACUGGAAUAUUUCUUGGUGUAAUAUCAAAAAUAACAGGAGUGGGCCAAGUACUUUGAAUAUACUGUGAAAAUUGUUGAUGCUGUUUUUUUGCAAACUAGUUUAAGGACUUCAGAUUAAACCAUCAUUUGCUAAUACUUAAAAUUUUUGAAACUACAAAAAUAGAACUACCAGUUAUCUAAGUACCUUCAAUUAAAUAAAGCUAAGACAGAACCUCUCCCAUCAAAAUCCUGAGCAUUUUAUGCUCUCUUAUCUAAAUUUUUGCUUAUGUGGAUAAAUGGCACACCCCCUCCCCCCUGAUGAAAAAAAUAUAUAGUCUGGCCUUUAUCCUAAUAUGGGCUCCAAUUAAAAAGAAGAGAAAAAGACAUUCAUCUGUUGUUUUGGGAAAUAGUGCACUCUUUUUCUUGAUGCAGCAUUGUUUGAUUGCAACACUACUUUCUGAUUGAUUGAACUGGUUAUUGAGUUGUAGUUGAAACAUUUAACUUUUAAUGUGUUUUUCUUAACAGAAUUUAGUCUUGAAUGACUUUCUUUAAAAAAAAAACAAACAAAAUAAGAAAUGUCAGAUGUCUGAAGAUAUUCAUUUUUUUUGUGCUUACAAGAUACAAUUGACAGUGGAGAUCUCGAGAAGCUGUAGCUUUGAGUAACUGGCACAAGGAGUGCCUCUUGGGUUACUGCUGCUGCCCUUACCAGUGCAGGUUGCUUUUUAGUGUAGAGUGAAAUAUUUAGUCAAUUUUGUUCAAAGAUAAAGGAAAAAAAUUUAAACUGGUCUUGACUUAACUGGGCUAGAGCAUUUUUACAUACUGUGAAACCUGUUUAAGCAGUCACCCAUGGGGAUUGGUGGGGUGUCUGGUUAAUACACCUUAACUGUUUAACACAGGUUAACCAACAAAUGACUUGUGAAUAGUAUUUGUCCAAAAAGUCCAGAGAAAAAGGAUAAUUAGCAAUUGUUACUGACAUUUAAACUGAAAGUGCUAACAUCAAUUUUGGAAGAUAAAGAAUUUAUAUGACUUGA